GCGUAGGCAGUCUACACCGGUGUCUUGUUCAGUUGAGUCUUGCAGUUGAACAGCAGAGGUGUGCGGGACAGAGGAGACCCCUUUUUGGACAUGAAUCUGUACAGGAGCUUUGGGAACCUCAUGGAGGCCUGGGUGACUGAAGAAAGCGUGUGCCCUGACUCUGACUGUCCUGGAAAUAAAGCAACAGAGCCUCUUACACCUUCUUCUGACAUGGAAACUAACCUGCGGUCAGAGUCUGUGGACUCCGGCGUGGAGACAGCCAGCUGCGACAUGUCUAUUCCUGCUGCAUCCCACUCACUCUCGACAGACAAUUCAGAAAUGGAUUUGUUUACACCACAGGGUGAAGGACUCAGCCCGGCAUCAACGUCACUGUCUCCUGUGCCUUCGUCUACUUCGUCCCCUCACCUUGGUCCGAGCCGAGCUGAGGAGGACUCUCCCGCCGUGCACAAAGUAGAGGAGACACUUAAAAGGACUCAGUCUCAGCUUCUGAAGGACAAUGCGAAACCCCCGACUGUGGAGGAGGUGCUCAGACGACGGCCUCGGGCAUCUUUUCAGCCCAAACGCCACACAUCACAGUUACUUAGAGGUGAAAGGUUAGAAAGUUUUGGCGUGAGACGGACGGCCAACCCGUCUGUUCCCAUCAGGCACAUGUCUGAAAUAUACAGACGGCCCCUGUCUGAGAGCUGUGACAGGCACAGAUCAGAGAGCUUUGAUGUAAAAGAGAGUAAAACACUAAGUCCUGGGCUCAGCUACUUGGAGGCCGUGUGUCAGAUGUUGGAAGAAAUUGCCAGAAAGCAGAUGCAGAGCCGAGAGUUGUACGUGGAAACCGAUGCCCUCUGCCUACACCAAGACGUGCAGUCUUCCGACACCUGUCAGAGUGACUCUACAAUUGUUGAAGAGGACUUCAGGCCUUGUCUACCGCUUCAAAGUACAGAAAAUGCAGAAAGCACUGACUACAAACCCCAGAGACCAAAAAACAAGCAUUUACGAAUGAAAUCAGCCUCAGAGACAAAUCUGUCAACGUUGCAUUUGAAGAGGUUUAAUUCAGACUGUAGAGGGCAGCAUCUGAGCACAGUGGACCUCAUGGAGAAGGAUGAGGAAGACCACGAACUACAGUUGCAGAAGUUGGAAAAGAAGGAGACAAAUAAAAGUAACUGGAGGUCAAAACUUUCAUCUCUGAGAAGGGACAUGUCUUUCGUGUCAAAUACAAAGAGCCUACAGACGCAACCAUCUGAGAAAAACUCAGCCCGGCGACGGUGGAGCCAGCUGUUCAAGAGGAGAGGGAAAAGUGUGCCGGGAUAAAUGCACCGCGGCGUCCGUCUCGAUGCUUCGACGUUUUUGGUUUCUGAGGAGGAGAAAGCUUUUC